AUGGAGGGCGAGGAGCCCAGCAUGGAGGGCAUGGGGGGCCCGUCCCCCCCUCCGGCCGAGGAGCCCUCGGGCCCGUCCCCCCCGCCAGGCCAGGAGCCCUCGGGCCCGUCCCCCCCUCCGGCCGAGGAGCCCUCGGGCCCGUCCCCCUCCGGCCGAGGAGCCUCGGCCCGUCCCCCUCCGGCCGAGGAGCCCUCGGGCCCGUCCCCCCCGCCAGGCCAGGAGCCCUCGGGCUCGUCCCCCCCUCCGGCCGAGGAGCCCUCGGGCCGUCCCCCUCCGGCCGAGGAGCCUCGGGCCCGUCCCCGCCAGGCCAGGAGCCUCGGGCUCGUCCCCUCCGGCCGAGGAGUCUCGGCCCGUCCCCCUCCGGCCGAGGAGCCUCGGCUCGUCCCCCGCCAGGCCAGGAGCCAGGAGUCUCGGGCCCGCCCCUCCGGCCGAGGAGCCCUCGGGCCCGUCCCCCCCGCCAGGCCAGGAGCCCUCGGGCCCGUCCCCCCCUCCGGCCGAGGAGUCUCGGCCCGUCCCCCGCCAGGCCAGGAGCCCUCGGGCCCGUCCCCCACUCCGGCCGAGGAGCCCUCGGGCCCGUCCCCCCCUCCGGCCGAGGAGCCCUCGGGCUCGUCCCCCCCGCCAGGCCAGGAGUCCUCGGGCCCAUCCUGCUCGCUGGCCGAGGCGCCGGCUGGGGCUGGGGUGGGGGCCGACGAGCAGGAGGAGGUGGAAGUUACCGACAGCCACACCCAGACGAAGCACAAGCCCCAGGGGGGCGCUAAGAAGAAAGCAGCCAAGAAAGCGGCUGUGGGCUACUCGGUGCGGCCCAUCGUCCCGGCCAGGAGGGCCGAGCUGGUGGCCGUGGCCAAGGCCAUGCACCGGGAGCAGUUCGGCCGGGAGGUGCAGGAGCUGUUCCACCUGGAGAGGGAGGCGGCCCUCAAGGCCAUGCAGACAGGUCUCUACAUCGGCUGGCGCUGCCCUGAGUACCUGUGGGACUGCUUCCGCGUGGGUGACCUCUCCAAGUGCUUCUGCGGGCACCUCCUGCGGGAGCACCAGGUCUACGUCGAGACAUGUGCGCGGGUGCCCUGCACCGUGCCCAGCUGCAAGUGCCAGAGCUUCAUCUUCAUCCCCUCCCGGCCCGAGGACGUGGGCGAGUUCUGGCUGAGGAAGAGAGUUGGCUUCGACCCCUCCACCUGGCGGGCCACGUGCCGCUGCAAACACAGCCACGAGCAGCAUGCGCCCAGCGCCAGCCGCGCCUGUCGGGCCACAGGCUGUUGGUGCGUCAGCUUCGAGUCCAACUUCCUGUGUGCGGCCUGCGACCGGUGCUGGGAGGAGCACGAGACCUUCUUCGAGACGGCCGAGACGCGGCGAAAGGGGGGCCGGCCCUAUGGAGAAGCCUACUUGCCCUUUGCCGAGAUGCCGGAGCUGCGGAACGCCGUCCUGCUGGGACACCCGGGGCACAGCUCUGCCCCCCAGGCCCCGCUGGGGGAACUCCCUGCCCCGCCCUCACACGCUCUGCCUUUUCCCUCCCCAGGACUGCGGCGCCCGGCCAAGCAGAGCGGCAAGAAGGCGUGAGGCCCGCCCCGCGGCAGCCACCAAUAAAGGGAGUUGGCUCUG